UAUUUGUUAAAAAUAAAUAAAUUGACAGAAAAAUUUAUUGUGUCAUUAUUUCAUUUUACAACAAUGCCAUGAUGGAGUCCACUACAGCAGAUCCUGGUACAACACUGUUCUUUGCAUAUGGAAGCCAUAUGUUGACAGUGAGAAAUGAAUUAGAUAAUAUUAGAGCUGAAUUUGUUUCCAUUGGUCGUUUGGAUAAUUACAGAUUGGAUUUCAUCAGGUAUUCAAAGUUUUGGGGUGGGCCACAAGCUACAGUGGUGGCCACAGCAAAUGCUCAAGUUUGGGGUGUCAUUUGGAGAGUAAACAGAGAUGAUAUAGAAAUUAUUGAUAAAAACACACAAGUUCAUUUCAAAAGAUAUUACAUCAAAUAUACUGAUGUUAACACUCCACACAUGGGAAAAUUUGUUUGUCGGCUUUAUAUACAAAAAAUUAACCCACUGCCCCGAGGAGACAAUGACGACAUACCUGUGGAGCGUUGGCCCUCACGCUCUUAUAAAAAAGUAAUGAUUCUCGGUGCUAUUGAACACCACCUACCGUAUUAUUACAUCCGCAAUUUAAAGAAACUGAAGCACAAUGGCGAGUUCGGAUGCUACAGAAUGGCCAAACUUUUGAAAUUAUAUACAACGAGAGAUGCUUGCACAUGCAAGCCAUACGAUCCCAGAAGACCCAGGAUACUCAAUAUGAAAAAGUUGAGAGCAAAGAAAAAUGUUAAAUAAUUUAUUUCAUUUUAGUUGUGAAUUAAAAACUCUUGAAAUUGAAAAA